CUGGGGUUGGAGGGGAUGAUAGGCAGAGCAAAACAAUAAAAAAAAGGGGCAGCUAUUUUUCUUUUUUACUCUCAUUUCCCACUUUCCGUUAUUUUUCUUUUGCCCGCGCGUUUACAAAUAAAACCUUUGAACGCUGUUUGUCUUUUAUUCACUCUCUUCCUCUCUUUUUUGUUUUAUUUCUUAUCUCCCUUUUUACUCUAAAAUUAAAUUCGCCAAAUUUCUUAUUUAAUAUUAUCAUUCAUUUAUUAUAUUCAUUGCACGCCUGUACCCCACUUUUCACUCUUUCAUUAACAUGCUCAAGCUGUCGCGUUCAGCAAAGGUCAGCAUCAUGCUGGGCCUGAGUGCUACCAUGUUUUUUGUUGAGCUAGUCGUUGGUAUCAUCGCCGGGUCCAUCACAUUGAUUGCAGACUCGUUCCAUAUGCUCAACGACGUUCUCGGCAUGGUUAUUGCUCUGUGGGCCAUUAAAGUUGCUGGAACAGAUAAGGUGGUGCCAAACAAUACGUACGGAUGGCAGAGAGCAGAGAUUCUCGGCGCCCUGACCAACGGUGUGCUACUGCUGGGUCUGUGCCUGACAAUUUACAUUGACGUCAUUGAGCGGUUUAUCAACAUUGAGGAAAUGAAGAGCCCCAAGCUUGUGAUGAUCGUCGGCUGCAUCGGGCUGACGUUCAAUCUCAUGGGUCUGGUUCUGUUCCACGAGCACGGACACGGGCACGGCCACUCUCACGGCCAUUCACACGCGCAUGUGCACGGCGAUGAAGUCUCGAUUGUCGACGAGGAGGAGGGGCUUAUUUCCAGCCGUAGCAGCGUGGCCAGCAGGCAGAGGACGACGUACGCGGCGAUAGAUAUGUCACCAGAAGCUGAAACAAACAUUGGCAGCGGGUCUCGGAAACCGGUGCAGUCGAGCGCAGUCGACAACCGAUCGAUCAUCGGAGUGCCGCACCCCGUGUACACGCAGCAGGCAAUCAUAAAGUCAGCGCAGAUGAUGCAGGGCGACGAGGGCAGCGAUGAAUCGGCAGCGACCUCGGCACAAGCCAGCGGAUACUCGUCGCCGCGCAUCGCACCUGACGGCCAUCAAUUACAACAGAGACCGAAAAAGCAGCAGCGGAAGAAGCGGCGCAGCAGUAACAAGCACACGCAUGACCACGGAUCAGGCGGAAGCCUCAAUAUGCACGGCGUAUGGCUUCAUGUGUUCGGCGACUGCAUCACCAAUAUCGCGGUCAUAAUCAGUGGCCUGGUAAUCUGGAAAGCGGAAGGUUCAUGGCGGUUCUACUUUGAUCCGGCGAUCUCCCUGUUCAUCAACACCCUGAUUGUCUGUAUCACCCUUCCUUUGGUCAAGAGCGCAUCGUUUAUUCUGCUGAAUGGUGUGCCUGGGGGAAUUAGUAUGGAGGAUCUACGCAAGGAUCUCAAGUCGAUUCCAAAUGUGCUCAAUGUGCAUGAUUUGCAUGUCUGGCAGUUGUCGGACACGAAGAAUGUCGGGUCGGUGCAUGUUCUGAUUGACCGCCCGAUGUCGCAUAUGUGCAUCCAUAAUGACCAAUUGCCGGUCAACACCAAGAGCAAUGCAUUAGUGGAGGACGAACACAGACACGAGCAUGGCCAAGGUUCCAAUCAUGGCCAUGACCAUGACCAUGACCACGAUCACGACCAUGACCACGAUCACGACCAUGACCACCAGAACUUGACCCACUCCAAGAGCAUGACUUCGGCGCGCCUCGUCACGCAGCACACCCGACCAAACACGCUGGUGAAUGGGGGCACAGUCGACAUGGACUGCCUGUACAUGGAAGUUGCGGCCGAGGUCAAGCGCGUAAUGCACAGGUACGGCGUGCACUCAACGACGAUCCAGCCCGAGUUUGUUGUUGGCCAGGCUGUCUCCGUGGAAACAUCCCCGGGGAACGACCAGUACCAGUACCAUGACCAGGCCUUUAGCCGCGUAGCCAUCGUGCCAAGCAGCUUAGAUUCCGUCAAUGUUGAUAGCUCGGCGACUAUUGGGCCGUGCCUAUUGUCAUGCCGCAACAACGGUUGCCAGCCCAGCAACUGCUGUCCCUCUGAGCCGCCGAUCAAGGUCAUUCCCGGUGGCGGCGGCGGCAACCAAUCAAACCACCAUCAUUGAGCAUAAAACAAGUUUUCAAUAGCCAUUUAUUUCUCUUGCCAUCUUUCAAAAAUCAUUAUCAA